AUGUCAGUUCCUCUGACUUCCAGUGUGCCUUGCGAGCCCAUCGGCAUAACCCCCCCGUCGACUCUCACCGCCAGAGAGCUGGACCUGCAGCAGCAGCGGCGCUGCCUGGCGGGGCGGCCCGGCUGGCGGCCGCCGGGCGGCUACCUGGCCAUCUGCCUGGCUGCAAGAAACCAGCAUGCCGAGCUGCCCGAGUGGCUGGACUACCACCGCCGCCUGGGCGUGUCCCACGUGUACGUCAUGGACGACGCCAGCCAGCCGCCGCUGGGGGAAGUGCUGGCGCCAUACAUCGAGGAGGGGUUGGUCACGCACCGCUACCUGGAGGACUAUGCCGCCAUCCAGCAGGAGUUGAAAGACACGACCUGCCACGAUCCCCAGGCCCACCACCGCCAGAUGAUGAUGUAUGCCCUCUGCCUCCGCGACUACGGCGCAAGGCACCAGUGGAUGGCCUUCAUCGACAUUGACGAGUUCUUUGUGUUUACUGACGGCACAGAUGACCUGCCCGCCCUGCUGCGUGGGUUUGAGGAGUACGGCGGGGUGGGGGUGAAUUGGCGCUUCUUCGGGUCAAGCGGGCACAAGAAGCGCCAGGCCAACACCCUGACUGCCUACACCCAGUGCUACGCUGGAAACGAGGAGGUGCAUCGGCACAUCAAGUCUGUUGUGCAGCCGCGCUUCACGGCGCGGAUGGAGGGGCCGCACCAUGGGGCCUUUGCCCCCGGCUACUUCGCGGUGACCACCUCUGGCAGCAGAGUGGAGGGGGCCUUUGCCAAGAAGCCCACCUACAAGCGCCUGGCGCUGCACCACUACGUCGUCAAGUCGAGGGAGGACUUUGAGGAGAAGAUGGCUCGCGGGAACGUGAUGGGCGAGGAGAGCCGCCAAGAGUCGUUCUGGCAACAGAUAGAGAGCCAGGCUGUGAAGACGUGCUAUGGUGGCAGCAAGGCGUGGCAGCGCAUGUUCGGCAAGGAGCAGCAGGCAGAGGAGGAGGAGGAGCAGGGGCAGGGGAUGGCAAGGAGGAGGCCAAAGGGUGGAGGAAAAGCCCGGUCCUAG